AUGGCUCAAGUAAUUGUAGCGAAUGCCGUUAAUUUGGCUAUUAUCAUUGUUUUGAUUGCAUUAUUAAUCAAAAUGUACGAAAAAGUGUCAAGGAGAAGUUAGAUGAGAACAAUUGAUGCUUCUAAUUCUAUUCUAGAAUAAAUUAAAAAUUAUGUUAUCGAUUUGAAGCUUAAGAAAGUUAAUGAGUAGCAACAAGAGGCUACAGAACAUUAGAUCAUGCAAAAUGAGAGAAAAAUGCUUCAACAGCCUGGAGUAAGAAAGAGCGCUGUCACCACAAGCUUUUCUCAUGUUAAUAUGAACAAUCCUACUAGAAUGGAAUCAAGAUUAGAAAAAAACACUAUAGACUUAGAGGCUUAGCAAGAAAAAUUAGAAACUCCUAAAAACAAAGGAACUUUAAGAAAAUAAGAUGAUUUAGAAAAAGUUCCUGCUGAAAUGAAUAGCAAAAUUAAGCAAGUUAACAUCUAGACUCCUCCUCGUCCAACAGCAAGAAAAAUUAAUCAUUAAAAUUAAGCUAAUAAUAGUGAAACAAUAACAUCGUCUUAAGAUGAUUUUCUGACUAAAACCUUAUUAAAAUAACUAUUUUAUAGGUCAGUUAGAUAGUAUCAUUCUUUAGGAUCUAUUCUGAUGUAUUUUUACUCUAUUAGAAAGUACAGGAAUUUAUUGGAAAAAGGAGAAUAAUUAUUUUGUAGCAAUCCUGCAUAUGAUUUAGAUAUCAUUUCUCACAUAUUUUAGUACAUUUGCUAUUUUGUUUAUUCGAUUUUUAUAGCUGUAUGUAUAUAUCACAGUGACAGCACUAUAGAAAUCGGAUUACCAUUGAUAAUCAUUUUGAUUUUGACUAUAAUAUUACAUAUUUUUUUGCUUUAUUUAGACUUGAAAUUCUAAAAAAAUCAUGUAAAAGAACUUUAAUCUUCAACUAAAUAAUAAGCUUGGGAGUCAAUUGCAAUUUAAUAAGAAAAAUAAGCUCAAGCUGUUAUAAGUAACAGUAAUAAUUAAGAACAAAUUGUAGAUAAAAAUAAUAAUCAACUUGCUUAACCUAAAAAGAAUAUUCCUCAUCCUCCAGUUAAGAAUCAACCUCUAUCAUCAAGAAGAGUAGAAUAGAAAAGGCCAAAUAGUGGAAUUUCGACUUUCCCUAUGUAAUGUGAAAAUGCGAAUGUUGAAAAUUAAUAGGUGAUAGGAGCUGAAGAAAGCUAUAACAAUAACAAUGGUAUAUAAUAGAGCUAGUUAGGUAAUGCUAAAACUAUUGCAGGAAGCAGUUUUUAAAAUUAAAAUGGCCACAACAAUCACGGUAGUGCAUUAAAUAGAGAUAGUUCAAAAAGUAGUGGAGUGCAUAGUAUUAGCUAAAAUGGUGUUCAAGGAGUUGAAUCAAAUAAUUUAGUUAUUCAAUCUACAGAGCAUUCAACAUUUUUUGACGUUAAAGAUGAAGUAUAAAUUGUUUUGUAAGAUAAAUCAACCUCUCAUAAGUUACAUGGAUGUAUCCUCUUGUUUACUGUUCUUCUUGGUGGAAUAGGUUCCUAUUUACUAUUCAAUACAGAGGAUAUUAUUGGAGGUUAUGUUUUACUUACUUGUUUCUUUGUUGCUUUAAUCGAUUUUGUGUUGCGCUAUUUCAUUUGUGGAGCUAUUUCUGUUAUUAUAUUGAUGAAGUAUAAAUUAACAAAGAAUAUUGAUUACGUUAGAGAAAUUAACGAAGAAAUAAAUUGGGUGAUGAUUUAGAUAAAUCAUUUAGAAAAGGAAAACAUUACACAAUAACAAGAGGUUAAUUUAAAAUCCCCUGAAAAAAUGUAAGCAGUAGUUGCACAAGUUAAAAGUCCUUCAAAAUCAGUAAGAAAAAUAAUGGAAUCUUUGAAAAAAAUAGUUUCGCCAUCUAAAAAAAGAUAUUAGAAUUCUCCAAUGAAAGAAUGUGAUAUGCAACAAGACGAAAUUUAAUUUUUGCCUAACUAUAAUAAUGGGGAUAAUAUUCCAAUUAAGCAUCUAAUUUUUAACUAAGAAGGAAAAAAUGCAGUUGAGUUUGAUACUUAAACAUAACAUGACUAUUCAAUUAAUAAUGUAUCUGUUAAUAAUCCUAUGAUGUAAAGAAUUUCUUUGAUUAGAAAGGCUAACAAUUAGAACAAUUAGUCUCAGGAAAGCAUUGAUAUCCAUGAAGAAAUAGCAAUUAAAAAAGUCAAUAUUACUCCUGCAAGCCAAGCUAAAAAUCACUAUAGCAGCAAGAAGCCAGAACAGCAAUUAGUUUAGGUGAAAGAUUUUACAUUGGAUUCGCAUAGAAAUAACCAUAUAAAAAUAUUGUCCGACAGAAAUUAAAAUUCGUUAAGAUAAGAAAGUUCUAAAAACGGAGUAAUAAAUUUUGAUGAUUCUGAAGAUACCUACAUUGAUAGUAUUAAUUUGUAACCAGAACCAUAAAAGGAAAAAAAUAAUAACAAGAAAAACAAAGGUAAUUCAAGAAAGUCAAGCAUUGGAUAGAUUGCACCACUUCCAAGUUAAAUAAUCUAUAACAACAAUGUAAACAAUAGCUUAAACAACAAUGGAGAUGGGGAAAUUCAUUCAGGUAGUCUCUGCGGAAAGAAGAAAUCUUAAAGAUCAGCUCGCUCAAAAAAAGAUUUUUAGACUUCAAUUGACCAUCAAAAUAAAGAGUUUGCCAGUAGAAAUAAAAUGAUGUUUGAAAAUACAUAAAAUGAAAUUAGAACUGAUGAGAAUAUUGAUAACUCAAUUAAACCCCUUAAGGCAGCUAUAGAUUAAGGGUACAGGGACUCCAGUUUUCUUCAUAACAGAAGCAUAAAUGGUUGUGAUCAAUCUCAUAUUUAUACAGCUGGUGACAUUACUAAUAUUCAAGACUAGUCAAAUAUUUUACCAAUAAAUAUUAAUUAAAAGAAUGAUGGAAGCAUGCUGCUAGGUGAAAUUAACCAUGGAAUGUAAGCAUACGUCAACAACACAAUUUUAGAUCCUAACGAAAGCAUAAAUGCUCAUAGAAAUUAGACCUGGGAUAAGAAUACAACUUUGGAUAACAACAACACUAUUCAUCCACCAAGCAGUUCAGAAAAUAGGUAUAUUCAAGACUCUAAAGACAGGCUAUCAGCCAUUUAAACUAGAAAUAUUUAACAGUAACUUGCUAUGAAAUAGAAGAGAGAAUAACUGAAAAAUAAAUCUGCUGUCUAGGAUAAUUAAAUUAGAAAUAAAUCAGAAGACAAUAGAUUAUCUAUUUCUCAAAAUGCAGAAAUUCAUAUUGACAACUAAAAGUAGAGUGGUGAUUUAUUGGAGCUUCAAAACAAGAAAAUUUCUUUAAGUGUUGGAAAUUUCUACGAAAACCCCCUUCAAAAUGAAAAGAAUUUCUCAAAUAAAUUACACAAAGAAAGUAAAUUAAACAACUUAAUUUCUCAGGCCUAAUUAAACUAAUUAAGCUAAGCAAAUUCUCUAUCUUUCCUCCACAAUCAAACUCAAAAUGAUGGCACUAUGAUAAUGUAGUAAUAAUAAAAAGACCUUUCAAUCUUCUUUAAUAACAUUUCUGAUAACGAAAAUUCAGUUUAAGUUCAUCCCACAAGCCCUGAAAGAAAAAGAAUAACAAUUAAAAAACCUUUGUCACCAAUCCCACCAACAGAUUUGAAAGCAAAUGAUGAUAAUAGCGAUAUUACAGGAGGUAAAUCUCAUAAUAGAUAAAAAAUAUUUGAUACAGAUGGUGAUUGUGAUGAAGAAUAGUCUUAUGAUGUUUAAAAGAAAUAAAUGAGACUAAAUAAUUUAAUGCAUCCCUCAUAUAAUAUUUAACAAAUAAAGAGUUUUGAUAUGAAUACUUCUGAACAAUCAGUUAAAAAUAACAAUGAAUCUAGAAGCUUCAUAGAUAAGCAAGCUGCUGGCUAAUCAAUUUUGAAUAAAAUUGAUAUAAAUGAAAAGAAUUUAUAAUCAAAAUCUCUUUCUAAUGGUAAAAUUAUGAAGAAUAUCCUAGAAUAGAAUAGAAACAAAGAAAAUUAUAACAUGAGAUCUUAUGAUUUUGAAAAUAAUCAAGGUUAAAGCAUAGUACCUAUUUCUAAUCCUGGCUCUCGUAAAAAUAGCUCUUCGACUAAUGUUCCUCUUAAGAACAUAGUUAAGAAGAAAGAUUGGGAAAAAAUGCAAUCAAAUUCACCAUAUCUUGAAUUUUUACCUUCAAUGCUAAGCAACUAAACAGAAGAGUUAAAGGAAAGAGAAAACAAGCUUAAAUCUAAAUUGGAGAAGAGUAAAAAGAAUAGUAGAAGAGGAUCUAAUGAAGCAACAGAAAAAAUGAAGUAAGUAUCUGAUAUUUAUGGGUUUGAAAUUCAAAGAGCAGACCAAAAGAAUGUCUUGGUUUCUAAAAAGUCAGCUAGAUCAGUUAAGAGUUAAGAGAGUAAGAGAACUUUAGAUAAUAAGCUCCAUGAAGAGUAGGAAGAAAAUCAGAAAUCUAUUUUACAUGACAAUACUAAUUAUGCUUUAAACGAAAAUCCAAGCAACAUUUACGGAGGCAUGAUUGGAAAUAAUAACAAUUCAACUAACAUAGAUUCAUUUUACAACUAAAAGAAGCAAUACCCUCAUCAGUAGUCAUUUUUAUCUAAAUCUAAAAAACCUCCUCUAAGUAGUUAAAACAAUAUUUUAAAUAAAAAUUUGAUGUUGAAGGAGAAUAAUUUAAUGAACUAUCCAAAUUCAGCAAGACUAAAUUUAAAUUCUAUAGCAUUGAGAUAAACAACCACCCUUGAAGGUCAUGAUAUGAGCACUAUGGAGCAUAAUAUAGCAACUUAAAGCAAUCAUGAAGGAUUCUUUAAUAACUAAGAAUUUGUAAUAAAGCCUAAUAACUAGAAUUCUAUAUAACUUGAUAUUGCCAAUUCAGAUAGAUAGCAUCAUAAAUCCUUUAAUGAUGAAUUUGAUUUAGAUGCAUAGUUUUAAUAAUUUAAAGACCACGAUAAUUCAAUAUCUUCUUUUGAGCACUCUCAUUUUGGCAACUUUUAACAAAACAAGCACAAAUGA